CAUAAUCUUUUGACUUUCUACAAAAUUUGCCUAAGAAACUCCACACAAAGUCGAAUUCAAUGGACCGAAACCAAGAACAAAACUGCCGGAACUGGAUUGACCUUCCACACGACCUGACCGCUUCGAUAUUAUCACGGCUGGGAGUGAUCGAGAUUCUGGAGACAGCUCAGAAGGUGUGCAUGACGUGGCGCCGAAUCUGCAAGGACCCGAUGAUGUGGCGCACCAUCGACAUGUGCGGUGUUUGGGUUUGGAGCAACUCCAAAUCAUGGAAGAAGAAUGCACGGAAGAUGGCAGCGAUGUGCCGCCACGCCGUUGAUCUUGGCCGUGGCAAUGUCGUCGAUAUAAGUCUCCAAAACUUCGGCACCGAUCUCCUCCUUGUGGAUAUCACUAAUAGUUGCAAGGGAAUCAGACGCCUCAGUCUGGUGUUACCUAAUAUAACACAUGAUGGACUCAUUGGAGUGGCUUCCAAACUUCCGUUGUUGGAGGACCUUGAAAUUUCUUACAGUGCAUACACAACUGCAGGUCUUGAAGCCAUCGGCAGUUGCUGCCCUCUUUUGAAGUCACUGAAACUGAACAAGCGCCACGAUAUCCGAUAUAACUGGGACGGCCUUUUACUUGCUGGACUUCGCCACCAUUAUCAGGUUUUCGGACGUAAUAGUAGUGGCGGGGUAAUACACGAUGAUGGCGAUGCACUUGCUAUAGCGGGAACAAUGCAUGGUUUACAACAGCUCCAGAUAUUUGGAAAUAGGGUGACUAACAGGGGCUUGCAAGCCAUUCUUGAUGGUUGUCCAUGUCUUGAGUCACUUGAUCUGCGUCGUUGUUUCAAUCUUAAGGUGGAAGGAGAUUUGAAAAGAAGGUGCUUUCAAGGAAUUAAACAGUUGCGGCUUCCCGAUGAUUCUACAGAUGACUAUGAACUUGUUGCCACAGAUAAAAUUGUUUACCAACUGUACCGGUCUUUUGAGAGUACAUUAAAUUUAAUAUAUUAG